CCCGCACCUUGACGACGACGGUGGCAGGGUACAAAUUGCAACCACCCUUUGCCCUCGACCGCCAUCGACUCUUGUUUCUUCCGACCACCAUCUCGCUUGCUCGCCACUCAGACUACUUUUCUCCCCCUGCUUUUUCCGCGCGUGCAUUCUAGGCUCCAGCUCAGCGACACUCGACUCCAACGAUAUUCGACUCCCACGAACCUCUCUAGUUCCCCCUGCUCCGAAUAAGGAUGGCUGGUACCAAGCGCUCUGCUGAGGCCCCCGCGUCGCGCGCGUCCAAGGCGGCGAAGACUGACGCGAAGGACUCGCCCUCGAACGCGAAGAAGGGCGCGGCGAAGAAGAACGGCAAGGUGCCCCCCAAGUCCGCUGACUUCAAGGCGUCUGCGAUGCCCCUCCACCUCAACAUCACCCACACCCCGCCCGCCAUCUCCGAGAAGCCGUCCUCUGGUGGCAAGCCCGCCUCCAAGGGCAAGCCGUCCUCCAAGGACGCAAAGGACAAGGAGGAGACCGUGAGCGUCGCCUCGACAGACCCGGGCUUCCUGGGCUCGAUGACGCUCGUGCCGACGGUGUUCAACACGGGGAGCUACGGGUGGAAGGGGAACAAGCGCAUCCAGGUCGAGAUCAUGAACUCGGAGACAGGCGUGAAGGAGAAGGUGCAGGUGCAGAUGACGUUCAACGCGACCGUGCUGGGCAGCAAGGAUGCGGACAAGGAGGCCGCCGCCGACGCGGACAACGGCAAGGAGGAGGAAGAGGAGGCCGCCUCUGAGUAAGAGAGCUACGACCCUGGAGCUCUAUUGCGGAGUGCUGGGAGAGAGGCCCUCGCCGCCGCUGCUGCUAGCGUCGAAGAGAAGGAUAAGCGUGUUUGCCGCGCCCCAAGUGAUAUAUGUGCACGACUAUCUGACGACUAUCUGUUAUGACUUAUCUUAGCCAGUUGUACAUGGCUUGUAAUAUGGAACAUAGGGUGUGCUUUGUCAGACUACGACUUGUUGUGCUUCGAUGCUCGA